CAUGAGUUGUGUCUAUGCUGUGUCAAGAACGAGCGCCUUUAAGCGCGUGCUUGUUAGUCUUCGUAAGAAUUAUAAAAAAUUGUUUGUAAGAAGUGAGAAUAUAUAGUCAAAGGUUUUACAAACUUAUAUGUGCUCAAGAAAGUUUGUUGAUACGAAAUUAGAAAGAUCGUUUACUAAAGGUCGCUUUUCAAAGCUGUGUUUAUGUUAAAUGUCGUGUUUGCAAUCUUCAGACGUUGCUAAAGAAGUAGUAUUUUGAGUGUAGUGAAGAAAAACCACGGUGCUUGAUGAGGUUAAUACCAGAAGCUUUAAUAUAAACGAAAGCCAUGUUUUUCUACGCCACUUUCCUGCUGUUUACCUCAGUACUCGGGUACGGAAACUAUCGAUUGAGGAUACCAAAUGGUGACAAAGUUCCGGAUCCCUGUAACCCAAGUAAAAUAUGGCGUGGUGUCGGCCACCUUGGGGCAGAUGGUGGUGGAGCCAGAAACCCUUUUGGGGUUGAUUUUGAAAAACACGGAAAGUUAUGGACAAGAUUAUGUAAAUUAGAUUCUGAUGGUGACGGUAUGACAAAUGGUGAAGAACUCGGUGAUCCUAGAUGUGUUUGGGCGCCUGGAAUGGUUCCACCGAAGGCAAAGAAAACAAUAUCACACCCAGGUAUUUGUGAGCCAUGGAACAGUACAUUCUGUCAGGAGAAGAACAAAUGGUUGUCAUGUGAAGAAAGAAAAUUAACUUGUCACGGAUUAGAAGAUCCAAAUGUGCGCAAUUUAACAUUGAAGUUCCCGCAAAGAAUGUUGGUGCCCCCGAGAGAAACCAAUUACUUUUGUAUGAUAUUUGAUAUUCCGAGUGAUCGUGAUUACCAUCUAGUUGCCACCCAACCUGUCAUUGACAACCGAGAAGUUGUCCAUCACGUGUUAGCCUUUGGCUGCAAUAUUGCAGAUAGCCAACAGAUUCCGUCUUCUCCCUAUCCGUGUGCCAUGUUAGCUCAUCCCAAUUGUCUGGAGAUAAUAGCCACAUGGACGCUAGGAAGUGCCGGUGAAUGCGCUAACCCUGAUGUUGGAUUCCGUCUUGGCAAAACUGGGUAUAAGAAAGUUGCAUUGCAGAUUCACUGGAAUAACCCCCUGUUAUUAUCAACCCUGAUGGACGCCUCGGGACUACGCUUGUAUUAUACACCGAACCUAAGAGCAAACGAUGCCGGUAUGUUGGUGGUUGGUCAGGAUUUUAUACAGCUUAACCCUCAACCAGUCCAUUCACCACCAGUUCAAGUCACGUCUGUCUGUGCUGCUAAAUGUACCAAAGAAAUGUUUAAAACACCCAUCUAUAUAACAGCUGCAAUUAAUCAUAUGCAUUACCAUGGUAUAUCACAGAUAAUAUCAUUAUAUAGAAAUGGUAGUAAAGUUAGAGAUAUAACUAAUGAUUUAGUUUAUAGUUACGAUAGUCCUAUUAUCAAUACGUUUAAUCCACCAAUAGAAAUCCUUCCAGGAGAUGAAAUACGUACCGAAUGUAACUAUCGUUCACCAACAGAUGGCGAUCCAGUAUGUUUUGGUGACGGAACACAGAAUGAGAUGUGUUACGGUUUUAUUACCUACUACCCAAUACAUCGCCUUUUACGACCAUGGUGUACUACACGCAGAUCCGUUGAGUCAUGCCAACGGCAUUUACCCAGAUUUCAGAACGGUCCAAUAGACGGUUGUCAUUGGAAACGAUUUUUAACCGAAGGAAAAGUGACUAUUUUACCAAACAUUCUUCAGAGAUGUUACAACGAAAAUAUGACAACCUUAGAGUGUAGCGAUACUUGUAAACAGGCAGUGAAAAUGGUUCGCCAACAUAAAUGUUUAAAUGGCGAUAUUGGCGGUUAUAUCGUUAUGAAACUACGACUGAUCACUGCUGGUCGUUUGUUUCUCAAUGCCAUAGAUAUUUGUGACUGCUCCCAAAGGUUGGACCUGGGUUAUUGUGAUCGACGUAUUGAAAGAGCUUUAAUAGGAGACCAAAAAUAUAAAUACUGUACUGCAGAAGGUCAGUCUCGGAAGUACGAUAGCCGACAAAAUGGCGGUAACGUGGGACAAGUUAUUGUGGACGAAUUAGAAAGUGGCGUUAAAAGUACUCAUACCCAAUAUACAGUGUUUUUUGUGGUUGUCUUUUGCAUUUUACUGAAAUAAUUUUGUGUAUGUGUUAUUGUUUAAGAAUGGAUGAUGUUUUUCUAUGUGUCACAUGACUUUGUGUGUGAGCACUCAGCAGGGGUAUUUUAUUUUAUUGGCUUAUCACCAAUGACAUAAACUGCAUUACUUGACACUAGAGCCACCAUCUUUAGGACAAAAAAGACAACAGCCAAGAUAUCUAAUCCAAAAGAUGAAAGAAAAAUGGAGACUACUGGAAGUGGUUGGAAAUUCAGCCUUGACACUUCCAUGCGGAAUUACAUAGAUACGGUCGAUAGGCCUAAAUAUAUAAAUACCGAAAACGACGUUCACGAUUUUGUGCUUACUAAAAAAAUGCGUUAGAAUGUGGAUUCCUUACCUGUAUCAUCUCCAAAAAGUUAACAUCAAAAUAAUUAUAAUAACUUUGAACAUUGAUCUAUGCAACUCUUCUUAUUGUUUAUUCCCGUGAAUAAGAAAACUUUUUAAAUUCUUAUACAUUGUAUUAUAUUUCCAUUAAUUCAGUAAAGAUUUAUAAAACUACUAUGAGAAAUUGACGUAUUAUCACACAGUAAAGAGAUAGUGUGCAACUGCGAAAUUGUUCGGAAAAUGUCAAAUUUUUAAAUGUAAUCAAAAAGGUUUCGAUAAAAAUGAUUUUGGUAAAUUGUAGGAUAGCUUCUUGGAUAUUCUGGAACGCCCAUGUAAACAUCUUUGCCUGAAAGAAUUAUAAUGUACCUCCAGGUUGGCUUUCUUACGGGUUUGAAAUGAUCAAGGCAAUUCCCGCCAAAGGUCUCGUAACCACAACCACAAAAACGUUAAGAGAGUGUAGAUAUAUCCGGUGUUCUUAGGGUUUACCAAAUGUAAAGCAGUUUGUAUUUGUACGUGAACGAAGCCUUAGUAAUAUCCAUCUGAAAAUGAAACAAUGUUUUUAGACAUGUGAACGCCAAAAAUGAGAAAUACAAUAUGUGCAACAAGAUGGUUAAUGAUUUUAAACUUGAUAAAAACAUGCCCUUAUAAUUAACGGGUAAUGAUACAUAAAAUUAAUAAAUUAAGAAUGUUUAAUUCUAUAUCUUGCUUAUUUCAAACUAGUUUCGUAUGAUACUCGUCCGUGGCCAAUGUAGACAAUGGACCAGCCCAUGACCCUCUUUGUAUACACACAAUCUGCUAUGUGCAUGUCGAUUUGAGUCAAUUAUUUUGUCUGGCGGAAACCGUCAAACUAAGAGAAUCAUACAGUGGACUAGCACAUGGAGAAUUUCAUUUCCCUUCAAUGUUACUGUUUAUCUAUUUCUUAUAAUUUAUUGUUAUUCAUGUAUUUUCUAAAUGUAUAUAUGAUGUUCUUUUUUUAAUAAAUUGUCGUCUAUUUGUGGUUCACCCAUUUGUCAAAACUUACAUGUAUAGUUAUAAAAUAAAAAAACAAAACACAAA